CCUGAAAUCCAGGCACCGUGUAGCAGACAAUGUUAUUUUGAGUCUACAAAACACUGUUAGAUGAUUGCAUAUAUACAAAUUUAUUGUGCAACGUCUAGAAUUCAUUAAGUGUCUACCAGAUAAUUAAAUGGACCCGAUAGAACCAGACUGGGGUGGAUGGAGUUCUAUAACAGAAGCAGGAGAGUCUAAUAUGUCUGUAGACUCAUUCCAGAAACAGGAAGAUUCCAAUAUGAGUAUAGGUGAUUCCAGAUCUGAUUCUGUAUAUGGAGGAAGUAAUGUAGGAGGUGAAGAAGAAUAUUUUUCUGGACUCGGUGUGUAUGAUGGGUAUGAUAGUUACCAAGAUGGCAGUGGAAGUUCCUCAGAUGAAGGCGAUGAUGAGGACGAUGAAACAUAUUUCCCAGCAUCAAAACAGAAAACGCAGUAUCGCUUCAUGAAUGGCAAAGAUGGAAUGGCUACCUGUGAAAGAUGUGGAUCAGUUGGCAUAAAACAUGCAUUCUAUUCAAAGUCCAAGAGGUUUUGUAGUUUGUCAUGUUCCAGGAGCUUUGCUACAGCUAAAAGGGAAGGGAAACCUUUGACAACGUUUGACAAGACACAACAGAAAAAGAUUCCAGGAAAAAAGAUGAAUAUUCCUAGCAAAAUGCCACAACCAAUUCAGAGUCUGUAUCCAAAAACUGUAACAAAAAGACCAGGAGGAAUGAAAGGCUUUGACUGGGGCCCUUACUUAGCACAAACAGGCAGUGAUGCGGCACCAAUCACAUGUUUUAAACAUUGUCCCAUGUCUGAUCACUGGCAGAAUAUCAACACGGGUAUGAAAGUUGAAUUAGAAAACCAUCUGUGUGAUAUACAUGCAUUCUGGAUAGCUACAGUUGUUAAAGUAGCAGGAUACAAAGCUCUGAUGAGGUUUGAAGGAUUUGGGAAUGAGUCCACAUAUGAUUUCUGGAUUAAUCUUUGUACACAAGAUGUUCACCCUGUAGGAUGGUGUGCAACUGUAGGCAAACCAUUAGUUCCGCCAAAAAGUAUCCAGGACAAAUAUAUUGACUGGAAGGAGUAUCUAAUCAAAAGAUUGACAGGGGCUAGAACUCUUCCCAGUAACUUUUAUAAUAAGGUUGUAGAAUGUAUCAAUGACAUUCCAAUUAAGAAAGGUAUGCAGUUAGAAGUAGUUGAUAAAAUGUGUGUGUCUGCGAUGAAAGUAGCUAAAGUCCAAGAAGUUGUUGGAGGAAGACUUAGAUUACAUUACACAGAUUCUAAGGAAGAGAUUGAUGAGUUCUGGUGCCAUAUGAGAUCACCGUUAGUUCACCCCAUAGGGUGGUCACAGACAUCUGGACAUAAAUUACAUGCUACACAAGAAUACAGAUCAAAAUGUUUAAACAAAAUAACGAUGGAUAAGUACGAUCCUGAUGAUGUCACACCGGAUAUGUUUGAAAAGAAAAAAGAUCCACCUCAUGGGGCUAAAUUCCAAGAAGGUAUGAAGUUGGAAGCCAUAGAUCCACUCAACCUUUCUGCAAUAUGUGUAGCCACUGUUAUGAAGGUUUUGAAGAAUAACUAUUUAAUGAUUGGAAUAGAUGGUUCAAUAGCUCAGAAUGGAACAGAUUGGUUUAACUAUCAUUCUACAUCACCAUGUAUCUUCCCUGUGGGAUUCUGUGAAGUAAAUGGAAUAGAAUUAACACCACCUAGAGGAUAUAAAGGGCAGUUCAAAUGGUUUGAAUAUUUACGACAGACGAAAUCAUCAGCAGCCCCUGUUAAACUGUUUGAUAAGGAAAUACCAAAGCAUGGGUUCAAACCGGCUAAUAAAGUUGAAGCUGUUGAUCUGAUGGAACCAAGAUUAAUAUGUGUAGCCACAGUGAGUCGCGUUGUGGGACGUUUAUUGAGAAUUCAUUUUGAUGGUUGGGAGGUAACUUAUGACCAGUGGGUCGACUGUGAAACAGCUGAUUUAUAUCCUGUUGGUUGGUGUGAGGUCAUGAACUAUGGAUUAGAAGGGCCAAGGGUCAAAAUUGAACCAAUAUCUCCUGUACCAGUGGUACCCAAACUGGUGAAAGAAUCCCCUUUUAGUAAGAAAAGAAAAGGGAAGACACAGAUCUAUAAAGGUCCAAGAAAGAGUAAGUCAAAGCGAAAGCCAAAGUUAUCACCAUCAGGCUUACCACUAGGAGAGUUAGGUAACAUCAAAACAGAAAGUAACAGUUCAUUUUCAUCACAGUUUGAAUCAACCAUUAAAGUGAAAACCGAAGUAGAAGAUGUAGAUUUCCCACCAUCAUUAAGUCCUCAUCAAUCGUUUACUGAAUCCAUUAGAUCAGGCAGCAAUGAUUCACCAUCAUCAAAACCUAGUGUCACAAAAACAGCAUUAUCAAAUCUGUUAAUGUCAAAAACAGGGGGAACUAACCCUGUGGACAGUAGUAAAUCGAGCCAGUUGGCUCAGAGACAUUUAACCAUUCCUCCAGAUCAGUGGACUGUUUCUGAUGUGUGCUAUUUCCUCAAAGUCAAUGAUUGUGCUUCGUUUUGGGAAAGUUUUGUUAGAAGCAAAGUUGAUGGUAAAAAGUUGCUAGAAUUAACGAAAGACCAGAUCAGUAGUUUGACUGGAAUGAAAAUUGGUGCUUCCAUUAAGAUGACAGAGAUGAUUCAACAAUUAAAAUCCAGGGCUCAGAAAUCAUAGCAAUACGUUUUUGUAGAUAAUGUUUGAAAAAAUCACAUUGGUGCCAUUAAAAUAGUCAAUUUUAACAAGUAUGAAAACAGUGACAUUGUUUAGAUCUGUUAAACUGUAAAUUCAGAAAUUAUUGCCAUUUUGUCAUUAUAGACUUAAAUGCAAUUUUAUUCUUUAUGAUUUUGAGAAAAAACAUGUUUAAGUCAUAUAAAAUAUUUCAAAAUGCGAGUUUAAAUUAUUGCGUUUACAACUCUGUCGCAUUUUUUGCAAUACUAAAAACCUCACAAUAAUUUCUGAAUUUACAGUAUAUCAAUGUUAUUUACUCAGAUUUGUUUUUGGGUAAACUGCACCUUACAGUUUUCUAUGUAUUGCAGGCUUCACAAUGUAUACUGAAGGUCACCUAUUUUACUUGUACUGUUAUUUUAAAAUUGCUUUUCAACGAACAAACCUUAAAACCAUGCAAAUUUGAAAACUUAUAGGUAAUAUUUAUUUCUUAUAAGAAAUUAUAAUUUUUGAUGUAUGAUUGGUAGUACACUUAAAAUUUUGAAACUUACAUGUAAUAUGUAUCUUUCAAUAAAAAUGAUUUUCUUUUAAAGAGAUAUUUUUUUAACAAGUCAUUUGGCAAGAGAGAGUUAUUUUCUGAACUCAAUGGACUAAGAUAACUGUACUUGCUGUAAAGCAGUGACGAUUUAUAAUAUACCUGUAUGAUAACAUAGAACCUGCCUUCAAGACCUCAUCAUCAAAAGAUAACUGUUUUUUGAAAGGGAUGUCAUGUUUUAUGUCCCUAAUCAAAAUUGUUUAAUGGUGCACAGUAAGAAUUUGGUUUAUUUUAUAACAUAGCAUAUACAAGGGUCUGGAUGGAAUCCUACAAUUCUUUAUUCUUGAGUUGUCUAAGCUAUUUUUUUCUAUUCUUUAUAA